AACUAUCAAUCAAUAUCAAAAUAAAAAAUAUCUAUAGACCUUACAAAACAUGCAAAAGUUUUCACUGUUCUUAUGAAUAGUUCCAUGUGGUGCUAUUACAAUGACACCCUUACAUUUAAUGAUUUGUCGGAUUUGCCCUUCCUUAGCUAUGUGCAUUUGCUUGCCAUUUGUAGCGGAGGAGACAGCUGGUCUUCAUAUCCUUCUUUGGUUGCCAGCUAAGGUGUCCUUGUUUCUUGUAGGAAUUGCUUUCCGAGGUUCGUUUGGUUGUCCGCUGUGGUGUUAGCUUUGGGUCUUCUCUUUUGUCGGUUGGGUUUCCGCGUUGUUGGUCUGAAUGAUGAGGUUUGGAGGGGAAAUGUUUGGUUUGGCGUGUUGUUCAAGAGUGUCUGGUAUGGUUUUUUUCUCUUUUUUUCUGGAAAAUUGUUGGCUCUCAGCUUUGUUUCGGUUGCAUGUUAGCUUAGGACUAGAAUUAGUGUUUGGCUUUUCUAGGAAUGGACUGCCUUACUUGGGCACUACUUCAGUGUCCUGUUAUAGGAAUUAAAAAAAGACUUGGGGAUGACUUUGUUGUACUUGGUUUCUGGGGUUUAUCAAUGGCGGUGGACUGUUUCGCCGUAGUCUAUAUACAGUUCAGUUGGAUUACCUUUGGGUGUGGGUGACCUUAGUUUCCUGUGCUGAAGUCUUUCUUUCGGAGGAUUGUUGAUAGAAUUGUUUGUGCUUCUGUUGCUGGACCUUGGUUUGUUCUGGUAUGUUUGGAAGACUUUUCAAGGUUAUGGCUAGACGAUCGAACAGAGUUUGUGUUCCUUUUCAACCUAUUUUGGAAAAGGUUGUUGCUUGGUUGCAGUUUCCAUCUCCGGUAUAUGGAUUUAUAGAUGUUGCUAAGAAUAAUGUCUUUGUACGGGUUAAUAGGCCAAACUCCCGUACAAAGUUCAUCUUUUAUGGUGGAGAUGCUGCUACGGUUGAAGAGUCUCGUGAAAGAGCAGCGCACAAGGCUGUGAAAAGAUUAGUCUUCCAGAUUCGAGUGAUGUAGUUGCUUUGUAGCUCGAUUUGUCCUACUAUUGAUGUCUGUUUUAGGAUGCAGGAAAUAGCCAGUAUUAUGUACCUUUUGGUUUUUGCUGAUGUACUGAAUCGAACUACUUUGAUGUACUGGCUGUUAUGGCUUUUUUAUAAUGAAAGCACUUGGUGUUUGUAGUAUGCCUUGUGUUUUUUCACGUUGCGUUGUUUACUUCUUUUCUUGUAAUCGUUCAGGUGGAUGCCUUUCUUUAUCAUUUUUUUUCCCUGUCUGGUUUCUGAUGCGAAAACUAUUACAGGUCUUGUCUACGAAAGGUGUUGCGAAACUCUGUAGCCUUCCACCUUUGAUAUCCUCUUCUAGAACUGUGAGAAUGGAUUGCCGUUAUGGCAUACCUGAGCUAUCUAAAAAAAGAUGCAGUAGACUAAAUAAGACUGCACAAAGGACAUCACAGUCAGCAUUUGCUAGCCCGUGCUCAUCGGCAAAUCAGUUUGCUCCUGCACAGCCUCCACAGCGCCGUACAUCAAAGAGGCAGAAGUGUAUACAGGAAAUGGCUAUGCCAAAUUUCAAUAGUUACACUGUAUUCGUUGUCUAGUUGCUAUUAUGUUUAUCUUUGUUGUAUUGAUGAACGAUUUUUCCUUUUUCCCUCUUAUUGGUUGUACCUUCAGAUUGCUGCAUUCCUAGGGGUGCUUAUUCGGUCUUUGUGGUAUAGAUACCAUAAUAUAAUACGUAUUUCGUGCAGUGUUCCAGAAGUAGGAAUACGUGUCCUUUCUAAGAAACAAAAAACCCCAUCUAUUGUACAAGCAUUAGAUAUUCUUGGUGCUGCUAUGGAUCGGCAGUUGCCGGCGGAGCCUUUCAAACUGUCUAUGCCCUUUUCGUGUGGCAAAUGCGGUGCAAAAAAAUUUAUGUUUGAAUCCUUGCACUUUUGCUGUGGGAAUGGAGACAUCACGAUUGCUGCUACUGAGUAUCCCCCUGAACUUGUUUAUUUAUUUACUUCGAAGGAUGAAGGCGCUGUGCAUUUUAGAAAGUAUGCUAGGCUGUACAACAACUUGUUCGCAUUUAGUUCACUUGGGGGUCAUUAUUAUGCGAACACGUACAAAGGGAUUUAUCUUUUCAAGUUGCACGGGAAAAUGUAUCAUUUUGUCCCAGAUUUAUUGCCUGCCGAUGACAAUCCAAAGUAUCUCCAAUUAUAUUUCUAUGAUGGUCAACAUGAAUCAGAAAGUAGGGUUGGUUGUUUCCCUGAAAUUAGAGAAGAUAUAAUUAGCAUUCUGAUGCAGGUAUCUGAACAAAAUCCCUAUGCUGUAUUCUUCCGGAAUUUAAGGGACAGGGUCAUUCAUGCAGAUACAAGAAUUAUUUUAAAUCAGGCCUUGGUUCUUGAUCAUCGUGUUUAUAAUGCUCCUGAUGUUGAUGAAGGUGCUGCUAUCUGGCCGGAGAGUUCUUCGUCUAGCCAAAGCUUGGGUCCUCAUAUAUUAGUUAGUGGACGCUCUGAUGAAUCUCAUCGAAUAUAUCAUAAUUAUGGCUGCUAUGAUCCGCUUCAGUAUCCUUUGUUAUUUCCUCGCGGUGAAUGUGGGUGGACUCAAGGGCUUAAAAAAAAUUCUCACCCGUCUCGGAGCACAGCAGAUUUUGUUCCAGAUCCUAUAAUGUCUUGUGCUGUUCAUACUGCAACAGGUUUAUUGGAACAGGAAGAAACCCGUGCAAAAAGAAAGAACACUAAAGCUGACAAGUUCAUUUCUGCUAGAGAGUAUUAUGCCUACUGAUUACAAAUCAGGCCUAAUAAUAUGUUGUUGCGAGCGGGUAGGUGUUUUCAGCAAUACAUAGUGGAUAUGUAUGUGAAGAUUGAAAAUACAAGGCUUGAUUAUUUCUGAAAUAAUCAAGACACCAUAAGAGCUGAUCUAUAUAAAGGUAUUCUUGAUUCACUGGAUUCAGGGGAGACUCUUGGCCAAAAUGUUGGCCGUAGAGUUAAACUACCUCCUACUUAUAUUGGUGGUCCUCGUGAUAUGAAGAAGCGGUAUUUAAAUGCUAUGGCUUUGGUACAGAGAUUUGGGAAGCCAGAUCUUUUCGUAACAAUCACUUGUAAUGCUAAUUGGCCUGAAAUAAAAGCCGAACUAGCUGCUGGUGAGGCGGCACAAGACAGACCUGAUUUGGUUGCUAGGAUUUUUAGAGCAAAAUUGCUAGCAUUGAAAAAAGAAAUCAUGGAGAAUAAGAUUUUCGGGGAAGUUGCUGCAUUGGUGUAUGUGGUCGAGUUCCAGAAAAGAGGGUUGCCACAUGCUCAUUUUCUUAUUAUUCUGAAACCUGCAUAUAAGCUCAAGUGCCCUUUUGACUAUGAUCGAUUUGUUUGUGCUGAAAUACCUGCUCAAACCAAUGGCAUCCUAAGAAGAAUUGUGUUGGCGCAUAUGAUGCAUGGUCCUUGUGGCGUGCUUAAUCCGGAUUGUCCAUGUAUGAAGAAAGCUGGCGUGAAACGCUGUUGUAAGAACAAAUACCCUAAGCAAUUUUGCAAUGAAACAACAAAUAAUAAGGAUGGAUAUCCUAUCUACCGCAGGAGAGACACUAGGGAGCAGGUCACCAUAAGAAAUGCACAAUUAGACAAUCAGUGGGUUAUUCCCUAUAACCCUUAUCUAUCGAUGCUAUUUGAUUGCCACUUGAAUGUUAAGGUGUGUUCGACCAUUAAGGCAGUAAAGUAUCUGUACAAGUAUGUCUAUAAGGGCCAUGAUAAGAUUUCCUAUAAUGUUGUUGCUUCUGAUGGUGAAACUGUAGAUGAAAUUCAUCGAUAUCAAUCGGGUAGAUGGGUAUCUCCUUGUGAAGCUGCAUGGAGAAUAUUCAGCUUUGACCUAUUCGAAAUGUAUCCUUCUGUUUUGCUUUUACAGGUCCAUUUGCCAUAAAUGGAAACAAAGAGUGCAAAACAGGAUUUCAGUUGGCCGCUUGGCAUUUGUGUUUCCUGCAGAAGGGGAACGGUUCUUUCUUAGACUCCUAUUGUUGAAUGUAAGAAGUCCUAGGUCUUUUGAAGAUUUGCAUAUUGUUGAUGGCUGUUUGUAUUCAACCUUUCAGGAAGCUGCUCUAAAACGAGGCCUUAUAGAAGAUGAUGACACAGCCAAUUCGAUGAUGGCUGAAGCAUGUGAAACUCAUAUGCCUGCUGCUUUGCGUCGCCUGUUUGCAACAGUGUUAAUUUUUUUCCAACCAAGAGAUCCUGCUGCUUUAUGGAAUACUUAUUAUCCUUUUCUUGCUGAGGAUUACUCUCACAGGUUUCCAAAUCAGCUUGUGAGAAUACAGCAGCUUACUGUUCGUGUAGUUGAACAACAUCUGGAAGCCAUGGGAAAAUCCCUUGCCUAUUUUGGUCUAGAGGAAUUAGUAUCACGGGUUAGUGAUGAGUUUAGGCGUACAAAGGAUAUUAUAGAUGCUCUUGAUGCGCCAAUCCCGCAAGAGUGCUUAAGUUGUCGUUCAUAGUUAAACUCUGCACAGAAUGCUGCUUUCGAAUGUAUAAUGGAACAUGUCCUGCCGCAAAAACCUGGUGCUUUCUUUAUUGAUGGUCCAGGAGGUACGGGAAAAACGUUUCUCUACAAUGCUCUAUAUGCAGAAAUUCGACAACUGAACAAGAUUGUUUUGCCUACUGCUACAUCGGUAAUAGCUGCAGCUAACAUUCCUUCAGGGAGAACUGCUCAUUUGCGGUUCAAAAUCCCGAUUGAUGAUGAGGGUUCACUGGCAUGCGAUGUUCCAAAACAAGGGAGUUUAGCUGCAUUGUUAAAGGAAACCGCUCUAAUAAUAUGGGAUGAGGCUUCUAUGGCUAAAAAACAAAAUGUUGAAUCCUUAGAUCUUUUAUUGCAGGAUAUUUGUGGAAAUAAGGUAGUGUUUGGAGGGAAAGUAGUUGUUUUGGGAGGAGAUUUCCGACAAGUGUUGCCAGUGGUCCCACGUAAGACAAUGAAUGAAGCAGUAGAGGCAAGUAUUGUCACUUCUUAUCUGUGGCCUAGAUUUGUGAAAUUUAGGCUGACAGAAAAUAUCAGGGCACGGGAAGACCCAGGAUAUGCUUCUUUUUUGCUUGGUUUGGGAAAUGGCGAACUGCAGCAAAUAGAAAACGCUUUUGUCAACCUACCGGAACAUGUUGUACAAUGCACAGAUGACUUUACAGACUUAGUUGCCACUGUUACAGAAACAACAUUUCUAGAAAUUGGCCGUGGCUACUUUGACAGUGAGGUUUUCACAAGAAAGGCGAUUCUGACACCCAUGAAUGAUGAUGUGGAUGGUAUAAACACAUUCAUGAUCGAGAAAUUCCCUGGCUGUGCUGUGACUUACAAGAGUUUUGAUGCUGUUGUUAAUGAUACAUGCAGUAUAUAUCCUAAGAAUUUAUUAACAAGCUGUGCCCAGGUGGUGAGUCCUCAUGAGCUUGUGCUAAAGGAAAACUGCCCAGUGAUACUGCUAAGGAAUUUGCUUCCAUCUUCAGGUCUUUGCAACGGUACAAGGUUAAUUUGCAGGAAGUUUUUUCCGAAUGUCAUUCAGUGCACUAUAGUAGUUGGUCAUUACAAGGGAGAGGAAGUUUUUAUCCAUAGGAUUAAUUUAAGGCCUUCUAAGUCUGUCAAGUAUCCGUUCAUGUUUGAACGAAAAUAAUUUCCUAUAAAACUUAGCUUUGCAAUGACAAUUGACAAAUCUCAGGGACAGACUCUUAGCCAAGUAUCCAUUUAUUUACCGCGCCCAUGUUUUUCCCAUGGGCAGCUUUAUGUUGCCCUUUCACGAGCAAAGAAAUCAAACGAUGUUUGCGUUUUCACUGCAACUGCUGCUAACCAAUGUUCUGUUAAUGCAGUUAAGAAUGUAGUGUCUCAUAAACUUCUACAGCUUGCAGGCAUUGUUCAGAAUGAUGUAAUGUAGAGUGACCAUUACAUUGAACUCCUGUAAGCAAACACAGAUAUACCAGAGUUGCUGAUGGUGAUUGUUUUUGAAUAGAGUGAGGUUCAAUUUUUGUUCUGAUUUACAUGUCAGAGCAGGAUUUAAUAUUACUGAUAUAUGUUUUGGUGUGAAUGUAGGCUGCCUUUACACCGGACAUUGUAAGUAUGUGAAUGGACUUUAAUUGAAGUACUAAUUUAGUAUAGCAGUGCAUCUCUUUUUUCCUGAUUGUGUUUCUGUCCUAGAGAAUAUGUGCUGCGUGGCUUGUAGAUGGCCUUCCUGCAUUGUAGCUUAUAAAAAUAUGCUUUCGGCUUAUAAUUAGGCAUUUCGUGCCUUGAAUUACAUGUAUACUUGUACAUACUAGGCCUUAGUUUUGGUACACUAGAUUAAUUGGUCAUGAUUCUUUUGAUCGAGGAAUUGAUUCCUCUUUUAUUUUCUUUUCCUUUUUAUUCCUUUUUAUCACUCUGCUUUUCCAAGACAGUUAGCUAAAUGGUUGAAUUCUAACUUGUUAUUCCUUUUACAUUUGGACCAUUAGAUUCUUUGGUUACUUUAGACCAAGAGAAGGAGAGCUUGCUCUUUGGGAGCUGGAUUCUGAUUAUUAUUUUCAUGCUGUAGGUGUCGGAGAUGAUAUCUUCUCAGAUAAGCAGUAACAUGUCGCCUUUUCACCCAAUUUCCUCCUUUCCGUGAAAUUAAUCUCUUGAAUUGGCUGAACUUGUCUGCAUCAAUUCUCCAACUGAUGUCAUUCACUUAGGAGAAAAGAUUUCUUUGAACCCUGUGCCUGCUUAUAGAGAACACUUUUCAAUGAUCAAACUGACCUCUUUUCAUAAGCUCACUGAGAGGACAUGCAGUUUGAUAAAAGAUGUGAGGUUUCGCUGGAGUGACACUUGAUGCAAUAGAACAUAGCUCUUCUUGAAUUCAAGCUUCCCCGCUCUUUCUGUAUCCUCGGAUGAUGAAAGAUACAACUCAAAAACCCAAACUGGAAUUCCGAUUUACAGAAAGAUGGACAAAAUGAAUCUACUUCAAAGGAGGCUUCAAGCACAAACACAAAUGGUGUCUCAAAAAAUGACACCGUGUCUAAUGGUAUCUUGAGAUGUCGUCUAUGGACGAAAACAAUUGCUGGUGUGGUAGAACUUUGCUUGAUGAUCUUGAUGAAAACAGUGAUAUAUACAAGCACUAUGCCCAGCUCUGUGAGAUCAUGAAUACACCACCAAGAAUGAAGCUUGAACCUGUUUACCUGGAUUAACUAACUACUCAAAGUAAGGACUACAAAGUUAAAGUCACUGUCGCUGAAAAGGGAAGAGCUCAACCUUCUCCUAAGAAUCCUGGUGUGGUUUUCCAAACAAUCAUUUUAGAGGAUGAAAAGAAAAACAAGAUGUGCUGUGCUCUUUUUGGUGAUCAGAUUGAAGCAUAUGAAGAUGUUCUGAAGCCAUCUGGUCAGUACGAAAUAUCCAAGGCUCCUAUAACAGCUGUUGAUGAGCAGUACAAAUUCAAUGAACAAGAACUUCCGUACCAAAUGGCCGUUAGACAGCAAACUAUUAUUAAACUGUUAAAUCCAGAAAGUGGACCGCUUGAACCAAAGUAUCAGCCACUGUCAAGUAUUCCACGAUCGCCUGAUCCAAAUGGAAGAUUUGUUGGUGUUGUCCUGUUUGUUGAAGAAGCACCGAGACUAAUCCCCAAUGCACGUGGUCGGGAUAGUCCAGUUCGAGAGAUUUCUAUUACAGAUACAAGCGAAGAUCAUGCUAUGACUAUUUCAGCAUGGAAUGAUCUCACUGGGAAACCUUGUGAUGCUCUAAGUACUUGGGCUGAAAAAUUUAAUGUUGUUGGUUUUACUGCCCUCAAGACCCGACACACACGAGGAUUCACUCUGAAUACAACCAUGUCGACCAGAAUCAUUCUAAAUCCCAAAGGAGCACGAGCAGAUCUGCUUCGAGAAUGGGUUAGCUUAUAUCAGCAUGUAUUGCAAGAUAGGCAAGAAAGGAUUCUGAAUGUCAGAUACCCAAGCACUGAAAAGAAAGUUGUGACAAUAGCUGAGCUGAGAAGUAAAAAGGCAGCUAAUGCAACACCAGAUGAAGUAGCCUGGAUCAAAGUCACAAUUCCAGAGGCUGACUUACAGAGAGUAAAUGCAUACAUAGGUUGUCUUGGCUGUGGAAAGCGAUCACACCUUGCACUUGGGACUCGCUUCCCUUGCAUUUCUUGCAGGAAGGCAGACACUACUGCUGCCCAUAAAGUUACUUUCAAGUUCGAAGCUGUUGAUGAGAGUGGGACAAUGUCAUUUACAACUUUUAACGAUGAUACGGAGAAACUUUUCCGAAAGACAGCGGCUGAAAUUUGGGAUAUGAAAAUCAAUGGAAAUUUGGAGGCUUUUAGAACUGUACAAGAGAGGCUAUCAGCAGAGCCUUUUUUCAUUCAAGUAACUCCAACUCUAGAGUUAGCAAGGAAUAGUGUUCUGUUAUGGACACUGAAAUCUGUCGAUGUCGAAGGUGCACCAACGAGCAGUGAGGUGCUAGGUUCAUCAUCUUCUAAUAUGAACAGACAACAGUUUGCUUCUACAGCUGGUAAGCGACUGCCAGCACCACAAAUGUUCGGAGCUGAUGUUGCACCAGCUGCCACAGCUAAGGACCAUGGUAAAGCACCCGCUGUUCCUAACUUAGAAGGUGAUACUGAUUACAGUGAGGAGAACACGGAAACAACUGAUGAGGUUCUUGCUGAAAUAGCCCAAUUUCAUGAGUUCAAACUAGCUUCCCAAGCAUUUGAGACAGAUUGCUUUGAUGUCCCAUUGCAGCCAACAACUAAGGGUAUUACAAUUUCUGAAGCACCAGCACCAGUGACAGAACUUUCUACAUGGGCCACUCUUGGUCGCACUCGAAGCAAAGCUAAGAACAAAGAGCCAAUGGCUACUGAUGAUGCGCAGGAGUCGGAUGAUGAAGACCAGGGUCCAAGGAAGAAACUCCGAACAGCCCUUUUCAAAGAGAAUGCAGAGAAAGACAAUUAACAACCAAGAAUCACCUUGAAGUCUCCCUACCAGCUUGUAUGUGAAGCCAGUUUCAGAAGUAUAAGUAUUUGCCUCCUUUUGCUUUUAAAAUGUUAGAAUGAAUCAAGUACUAUAGUAUGGUACAUUGCUAGGGUUAAGGUCGGGUAUCUUUUGGAUGUUUAGAAAGAACAUUUUGGACAUCGUAUGUUCUCUAUAAACAUCAAUUGUAUGUACAGCACUAAGCUUUGUAGUAGCAGCUAAUCUGCAGUUAUGUCUUAGAAAGCCUUCUAUUAUGUACAUAGUACUAGCUAAAUAAAUAUGAUGUAUUAACUUGUAUCCUUAAAUCAGGAUGCUUAUCUAUAAUAUAACUUGGUUAUUGUAAAC